AUGCAGAGGUCUGAACAGUGGCGGCGCAAGUUUAUAUCAAACGAAAAUGAUCUUCGUAUGGCUGAAAUCCGUUUGAAACUAUCGGAACAUACAACAAAACAAAAACAACUCGAUUUAGAAUUGGAAUGUGUUAAGAGGCAAACAGUAGAACAUAUACUAACAACAACAAAUCGAUCAUUAUUGUCUCUAUCUUUAUCAUCACCACAAAGUUCCGAUAAUUUAACUGACUUAGCUUAUUAUAGUGAUUUUUUAAAUAAUAGAAUAAAAAUAUUAGACAUUAGUUCUUUUGAAAACCAAUCAAUUCAUAAUUCAUAA